UGUCUGAUAGGAUGGGGCAACGUGGAGGAAUCGAGUUCAUUAAAUCCGCCAAAACUUAAAGAAGCGUUGACAUUCUGCCAAAUCGGAGUUUUAUAGCAGGUUAAGGGCUUUUUAACUGACUUGUUACGAAAGUAGAUGCGUGUAUUGGCUUGUCUAGCUGCGUAGUACAAGUGUGGCGAGAAAAGCCGAAUGUUGGUAGUGAGACCAGUAGGUUGUCAACACAGGCUCGUAUAGAAGAGUGAAGGGGUAGGCAGGUAGAAGUAGCCCAAGCACAUAGGGGGAUGUUAUCCGUACUUUCCUAUGGCAGAAUUGUUGCCAGGGCUGUCCUGGGCGGACUCUCUCAAACUGAUGGUCGGGAUUACAGUCUGGUCACGGCGAGUUGUGGAUUCGGAAAAGAUUUUCGGAAGGGUAUCCUGAAGAAAGGGAUGUGUUAUGGUGAUGACGCCUGCUUCAUCGCCCCUCACAGAUCUGCCGAUGUUUUAGGAGUGGCAGACGGGGUGGGGGGCUGGCGGGAUUAUGGAGUGGACCCCUCGCAGUUCUCCGCUACUCUGAUGAGAACAUGUGAGCGGUUAGUGAAGGAAGGACGCUUCACUCCCAGUAGCCCUGUGGGCAUCCUCACAUCUGCCUAUUAUGAGCUUCUGCAGAACAAAGUGCCACUUCUGGGGAGCAGCACGGCUUGCAUUGUUGUUCUCGACAGGCGGAGUCAUCGGUUACACACCUGUAACCUUGGCGAUUCGGGCUUCCUGGUGGUCCGCGGGGGUGAGGUGGUCCACCGCUCCGACGAGCAGCAGCACUAUUUCAACACGCCCUUUCAGCUGUCGAUCGCCCCGCCCGGGGCAGAGGGCGUGGUGCUGAGCGACAGCCCCGAAGCAGCAGACAGCUCUUCUUUCGACGUCCAACUGGGCGACAUCAUCCUGACUGCCACUGACGGCCUCUUUGACAACAUGCCUGAUUACAUGAUCCUGCAGGAACUCAAGAAGCUGAAGAACACCAACUACGACAGCAUCCAGCAGACGGCCCGCAGCAUCGCCGAGCAGGCCCACGAGUUGGCCUACGACCCCAACUACAUGUCCCCUUUCGCCCAGUUUGCCUGUGAUAAUGGCCUGAAUGUAAGAGGGGGAAAGCCUGAUGACAUCACUGUGCUGCUCUCCAUCGUGGCAGAAUACACAGACUGAAAGGUGUUCUCCGGAGGUGUUCUCCUGCCCGUGCGCCAGCGUCUUCCGCCCCCGUUGGCCCUCUUCCUAUUGCACUGCUUCCUGAUGUUCCUGGAACCCUUGCUCUGAAGACCAUCUCGCAUUUUCUUCAUCCCCAUGUCAUUUCUUCCAUUGUCAAGUUGUUCUCCGUUUAACGAGAGGUAGUGAAUAAGGACGGCAUGGAACUGCUGGUUUUGUGGCAAUUCCAAAAUUAAAAAGGAUGUUUUUUGCUGGUCCUAUAUUUAUGAGCUCACCAACACCCUAGAGCAUUAAAGGGAUGAGAGUCCCCCAAACUCCUCAUUUAUAUCAGUUGAAUAUUCAGUUAUGUUGCUUUUGUCCCUGGUGGGUGUUUGGGUUUUGAGGAGGGUCUUGGUAUCUUAGCAAUGAGGGCCAUUAUCUAGAGGUGCUUCUGAGGUCUUUCUUCCCCGUAGACUGGGGACAGAGGUGAGGAACUGUAUUAUUUUCCCAUUUGGAAUAGAGAAGGAAAAAAAAAAGAAAGUAAUUUUCUUUUGGUUACAGCAUACAUGUCUGAUAUGAGUGUGCACCCCAAGUCAUCUGAAUGUCUUUCACAUCCUUGCGUGUUGACUGUCUGUGUUUUCUUGUUAGCCGUGCCAGUUUGUCUGAUUUUUUUUCAGCUUAAGUUUGGUAAUGAACAGAGUGAGGAAGGGAGGGAGGGAGGUUUCUUGGUCACUGGGUUUGGGAAGUGCUUUAACGGAAUAGCUGACCGGUUCAGUUGAGUUUUGCGGCCUGCUCCGGAGGGGAAGUGGCUUAUCUCUCGUAACUUUCACUAAUGAAUGUGUUGAGGCCCAGAGGAAGCCCCACGUGCUGUAAGGUUCGGAAAAGGUCUGAUAAUGUGUACACAUAAUAGUACCGUGUCAGAUCACUGAGAUGUGACUGUUUUGCAUUAGAGGCAUUUGUUGAAAAGGAGUUGGCUAUGCUGAUCAUGUCCUAGCAUCACCACUGCACAGACUGUCAAAGGAAAAUAUAAUUAUUUUCAGAUAUACACAGAAACUAUCAAACGUGUCUGUGUGUGUGUGUGUGUCUGUCUGUCUGUCUGUCUGUGUGGGUGUUUGUGCACGAGAGAGAUUGUAUGUAUGUUGGGUCUAAACUGUCUAAUGUUUGGAUGCGUCCUGUGCUCUUUACCAUUGAGCCAAGUGUUAAACAACACAAGGUUAAAACUAGCAUCGGGGAUCGCUUUUAAUGAAAUCUAUAGGUCAGAUUUGAAAUAUAAUAAAGGUUUUAUUUUUAUAACAUUUCCUUUAAGUGAGUAAGGUUGAAAAGAAGGUGAAAGUAAAAUGUAUUCUUUUGACCUUUUGGAUUAACUGUGUUAAUCAAGGGAUUUUGUGAACAGAUAGACUUGGGUGUAGUAUUUGUGUUGAAGUUUUCUCACCCCCCCCCCCCCCCUAAUUUUUGGUCUAGAUUUCUUCUGUAGAAUUACUUGUAUUAAUGUGCUGCUUUUAUUUUGUAAAUUAAGGUAUGUGUGUGUGGGUACAUUUAUUUAUAUGAAGGUUCUUAACCUGUACAAUACAAAUAUGCGAGUGGGUGUCUUUCUCUUACAAACUCAAGAGCUGCGUCAGACCGUACCGUCAUUGGAAGCUUCUGGAUAUUUCUGCCGCUAGUAGAGAUUUGUGGAGAAACCCAUCUUUUGCGGCUUAGGUCUGCAGAAUGUUGAGCUCAGAUAGGAUGUACCAAAGACAAGAGUCCCAACUGUUCUCGUUGUUUGGUCUUGUUGUUUUCCUCUAGAUUUGACUGAGAAAGCUUAAAGCAAUACGCUAAAAUGAAAAGGUUCUGGAUAAUUUUCUGAAUUUAUUUUCAUGUAUAUUUCCAAUUUUCUGUCCAUCACAUGUUUGAAAUC